AUGUUUCCGACGCUUACUGCAGCAGAACUGCGGGUGAACCAUGCCUUCGACAAGUUUGAGCGGACAAGGAGCCCAGCAAAUGAGCAUUACAUAAAAUCAACAGCGCCGGCUUCGGUACGGCGGCCCAAUAACCCUCAUUGGGACAUGAUUCAAGUGUUUAUCCUCGACAUGGAUCUACUGGACAAGCUUGGGGACGCGCUCUCCAUAUUUGGAAGGAAAGAAAUACUUCAUAUUAACAUCAUGGAGAUAAAUCUUCAAGAGCCAGGAGUCGUCUAUAACCGGGCGCGACGAGUACUUGAUCAUUUUUACACCCUCUCGACAGCGGAGUACUCCGCUGCUCUUGAAGUUAUGCUAAGCAAGAUAGACGAUCACUUCAAUCAGAGACAAAGUAUCCUUCAGAAAUUCUGUAAGUGGCUUAAUUCACACACAGAGGGGGCUGGAAAGCUCACAUCAAUUAAUAUUAGCAAGCUCUUGCUGGUGUACUCUGUUGACUUGACGCAGCUGAACAGUUACAUGCGAUCCAAGGGCCUUCCACCAAUAAGCUUCCAGCGGAUGUUUGUUGGGUCUAACGUUUUGGCACCAUAUAUUAUUUCUAGCGCCAUUGUUACAUCCUUUGAGCUACUCAAUGAGCGCUAUAGACGACAUAUGGCAAGCUCCAGUGGAGACUUUCUACUCUCUCCUGAAGACUUUUUGUACGCUUCAAAGGUUGUGGGCAAGGCUAACGCAGCCACUUCUGGCUCAUCCAGUUCUCCUGGCCAUGAUUCUGAAAGUGGCUACGUGAAUUCUGUCUUGCUUAGUCGCAUUUCCGAGCAUAUAAAGGCACGCGAAGGCAGUCUUCUGAAUGCUGGCGAAGAGGUGGUUAAUUCUAUAUCUCUCCCGUUGACACUGGCAGACGCUGACACUCAAACAGACGAUAUUCUUGGCAGGCUACAAGAGGAGUUGAAUACACUUUCGGCCCAGAACGCCACACUAUCCCAUACGAUCGAUGAACUAAUGAAAAAAGGCGCUAAGGAACAAGCAGAUGAAACCCUCCAUCUUAAUAAUGCACUUCUAGCAGCAAACGUGGAAAUUACAGCAUUGAAAAAGCAGCUAAUGGAUGUGUACACUGAGAAGGGGGAGCAGACAGCAGAGCUAGAGACAUUGCAGAUGAAUGAGCAACUCUAUCGCUCUGAUGCGCAGCGUCUGCGAGAGAACUUGACGUCUAUGACUAAGCGACUUGAAGAGGUAUCGUAUGAAAUGAGCUCAUUAAAGGAAGAUAGCAUCUCCACCAAUGCUCGCUUAGCGAAAGAGCAACACAACUCUCGCUCACAACAAGAUCUUAUUGAACGGUUGCGGACCGAAAUUUUAUCUCUAGCGAAAGCAGUUCUUCCUUCUAAAGAAUCUCUACCCAAUGAGGAGCAAAGUGCGUUUGGAGAAACACUGGUUACCGUUCUGAAGAACAUUACUAAGGAGCACCAGUUACUCAAACAGCAUAGUACAGCAAUUGAAAUGGUCUGUGAAGAGCAGAGAAAGAAGCUGCAAUAUGAAGCUGACCGGAAGAGUGCGCUGAUAGACAAGCACGUGGGAGACGACCACGAAGUUUUGCUAGAAAUGCAGACAGAAUCAAAGCAGCAGUUGGAGAUAGACAGGCUAAAUAAGCUCCUUGUGGAUAAAAGCGAAGAGGUGAGUUACUUCAAGCAGAUCGUUGAAAACUACAACAGCCAGAUCCAGAUGGCUGAUGCAGCUAGUAAUGCAGAAAACUAUCUCCAAGAAAUGAAGCUACUCCGGAGCAAGCUCGAAAACGAAUACGAAGACGUGCUCAAUAGCACUAAAGCUAGCAUGUUGAGCUCAGUCACUGAGUUCACAUCACACAAAUCUGAGGAAAUCUCCAAGCUGAACGAGACUCUGGCUGCAAAGUCCCAAAUGCUAGAAGCAACAAAGGCAAAGCUGAAAGAGGACGAGGAAGAGUUAACGGCACUUCGAGAGGCCCUUGCGGCGGCCCAAGGAGAGGUUUCGCAGCGAGAUGAGCUGAUAAAGGAUCUUCUAAUAAAAACAAGCGAGAUAGAGACAGAACAAAGAGAUGAUGCUCUUAACCAAUCGUUUUCCCAACAACGUGCUAUAUUUGACAGCGAAAUAGCCAACAGAGAUGCCAUAAUUGCAGAACUGUCUAAGAUGCAGAGCAUUCCCCCGGCAUGGCUGCAAGUGGAAGUUGACAUCAUCAAGAAGGACACUGCGUCUCUUCUAACCUAUAUAGAUACGUGUGAUUUUAGCAAAGUAACAGAAGAUAAAAGCAACAUCUCCAGACAUUUGUCAAGCGUUAUAUCAAGCAUUGCAAUCCUUCAACAAAGACUCGAAGCGUCCAGCCGCACGGCAACUGCAAUCAGCGACACUGGUCUUCAAAUGGCGGACAACCCAGAAAGCUUUGAGGCUUCCGAGCAAGAUAACCAGGAGUCGUUUGGAGUGGUGAGGUUCCAGUUAGCCACCAAUACACAGCUGGCCAAAACUGCGGUCCAUAUUAACGACGACAAUGUAAGAGCUCCCAGCAGCUUGGCCAGCACUGCAAAGAGCUUUGACGAUUACGUUGAGAUCUCUGAGGAAGACGAAGCAGCUAGAGGCCUCUCUGGGUCCUCAGCAGCAGCUAGUGCAGAAUAG